ACCAGCUCAGUAACUGUGCCAGAAACACUGUUGUUUGUUUCAACUCUUGAUGGAAGUUUGCAUGCUGUCAGCAAGAGGACGGGAGCAAUCAAGUGGACUUUAAAAGAAGAUCCUGUACUUCAGGUGCCAAUACAUGUGGAAGAGCCAGCAUUUCUUCCAGACCCAAAUGAUGGCAGUUUGUAUACGCUUGGUGGCAAGAAUAGUGAAGGCUUGACUAAACUUCCAUUUACUAUCCCAGAGCUGGUGCAGGCAUCUCCCUGUCGCAGUUCAGAUGGGAUCCUGUACAUGGGUAAAAAGCAGGAUAUUUGGUACGUGAUUGACCUCAUGACUGGGGAGAAACAGCAGACCUUAACUUCCUCAUUUGCAGAAAGUCUUUGCCCAUCAGCAUCCCUCCUGUAUCUUGGGAGAACAGAGUACACGAUCACAAUGUAUGACACCAAGAAGAAGGAGCUGCGAUGGAAUGCCACCUAUUUUGAUUAUGCAGCUACUCUGCCUGAUGAAGACAUAAAAUACAAAAUGUCCCACUUUGUGUCUAAUGGAGAUGGACUGGUGGUGACCGUAGACAGUGAGUCUGGGGAUGUACUGUGGAUUCAGAAUUACGCUUCUCCUGUGGUAGCUUUUUACAUCUGGCAGCGUGAAGGAUUACGGAAAAUUAUGCACACUAACCUGGGGAUAGAAACUCUGCGAUACUUGACGUUCAUGUCUGGGGAGGUUGGACACAUUACCAAGUGGAAAUAUCCAUUCCCAAAGGAAACAGAGACCAAGAGCAAACUGACACCAACUCUCUAUGUAGGGAAAUACUCCACAAGUUUGUAUGCGUCGCCGUCAAUGGUGCAUGAAGGAGUAACUGUUGUGCCCCGCGGCAGUGCCAUACCCUUACUAGAGGGUCCAAAAACAGAAGGAGUCACAAUUGAAGACAAUGGCGAGUGUGUUAUCACCCCCAGUACGGAUGUCAAGUUUUCAGGCAGACUGAAAGAAAAGAACAAACUCAACUACUGGAACGACUGGCUUUUAAUAGGGCACCAUGAAACACCAUUAUCUGCCCCUACAAAGAUCCUGGAGAAAUUUCCAAGCAACUUACCUAAGAGGCCUGAAAAUGUGAUUCCGGCUGACUCUGAUAAAGCCACUAUUGAAGAGGUUAUUGACAUCGUUGAAGGUUCCUCAACAGAAGUGCCUCCUGCUGUUCCAAAGGAUAUUGAGGAGAAACCUGCUUGGCCUAUCCCUCGGCCAGAGGCUCCUGUGGACUCCAUGUUGAAAGACAUGGCCACGAUCAUUCUCAGCACUUUCCUGCUUGUGGGCUGGGUGGCUUUUAUCAUCACUUAUCCAAUGAGUGUACAUCAGCAGCAACAGAGGCAGCAUCAGCUGGAAGAGAAGAUACAGCUCUUGCAGCAACAGAAGCUGCCCUUCCGUGCUCCCAGUGAUCUACCCCCAGAAGCAGAUUUCUUGGACACCUCCUAUGGACGGACAGAGAGCUCAGCUACCAGCACACCAAAUAUGUCCCCCAGAGCAUCAAACCAUUCCGCGUAUUCCAGCAUCUCCACAUCUGAUGUUGGGAGCUGCCUCUCCACUGAGCAAGAAGAGGGAGAUGAAGAUGCAAACAGAGUGAUGGUUGGCAAGAUUUCGUUUAACCCAAAAGAUGUACUGGGGCACGGAGCUGAAGGGACAAUUGUUUACAGGGGGACAUUUGAUAACCGCGAUGUUGCAGUGAAAAGAAUUCUUCCUGAGUGCUUCAGCUUUGCAGACCGUGAAGUACAGUUGCUGCGAGAGUCAGAUGAGCAUCCUAACGUGAUCCGCUAUUUCUGCACGGAGAAGGACCGGCAGUUUCAGUACAUAGCCAUUGAGCUGUGUGCUGCCACUUUACAGGAGUAUGUUGAGCAGAAGGCCUUCAGUCACCAUGGCUUACAACCUAUCACUCUCCUGCAACAGACGACAUCUGGUCUUGCUUACCUGCACUCUCUUAGUAUUGUCCACAGGGACCUGAAGCCCCAUAACAUCCUCAUCUCGAUGCCUAACGCCCAUGGGAAAGUCAAAGCUAUGAUUUCAGACUUCGGCCUGUGCAAGAAGCUGGCAGUGGGCAGGCACAGCUUUAGCCGUCGGUCGGGUGUGCCAGGCACCGAAGGGUGGAUUGCCCCAGAGAUGCUGAGUGAAGAUUGCAAAGAGAACCCUACAUAUACCGUGGACAUCUUUUCAGCUGGCUGUGUCUUUUAUUAUGUGGUAUCUGAAGGCAGCCAUCCCUUUGGCAAAUCUCUACAGCGGCAAGCCAACAUUCUGCUGGGUGCAUACAGCCUGGAGUCUUUAAAUGCAGGGAGGCACGAAGACAUAGUUGCUCGUGAUUUAAUAGAGCAAAUGAUAAACAUGGACCCUCAGAAACGUCCGUCUGCCAGCUGUGUGCUAAAACACCCAUUCUUUUGGAGUUUAGAAAAACAGCUCCAUUUUUUUCAGGAUGUUAGUGACCGGAUAGAGAAAGAAUCUUUAGAUGGUCCAAUAGUCAAGCAAUUAGAAAGAGGUGGAAGAGAGGUGGUGAAGAUGGACUGGAGAGAGCACAUCACUGUUCCUCUUCAGACAGAUCUUCGAAAAUUCAGAUCCUAUAAAGGAGGCUCAGUACGGGAUCUUCUGAGGGCAAUGAGAAAUAAGAAGCACCAUUACAGAGAACUGCCUCCUGAAGUGCAGGAGACCCUGGGCUCCAUCCCCGAUGAUUUUGUAUGUUACUUUACAGCUCGUUUCCCUCACCUGCUCCUACAUACCUACAAUGCUAUGCAUAUCUGCUGCCAUGAAAGACUGUUUCAGCAUUACUAUAAUCAGGACUCUGCAGAGCUGAGCCUUGCAGGAGACACUGUCUGAGAGGAGAGGGAUGGAGCUUUCUUCUCUGGGACCGACAUUCCAAGCACAGGGCUGUGAAACAGGCCUACCUUUAGCAGGGAAAAGUGGGAUCAAAGAGCUGAAUUCUCUCUCUUUGAAGAAACCAAGCUUCCAAAAAGUGCCUUGUACCUCUGCCUGCGCUGGAUCAGGAGAUGGUAGGAGCCCAAGGAGCAAGUGGUCACUUCAGAAAAGCAAUGACCCCGGUGAUGGAGUUAUUCCAAGGCAAUUUUCAAGACAGUGAAAAUGGAGAGCAAAAGCUGGAUAUAACCGUCACCCAAUAUCCCUGUACUGUAUGUGAUUUUAUAGCUGAUAUGUUUUACUACAAAGAAUCAAAAUACAGUGAUUGGAAUCAUACAAUUACUAGGGACUGGGAUCUGCGAAAGGAGCCUUUUAGUUGUAGCAAAUCAUCAGAAUCUGCCGUUGCACUACCGCCACGUUAUGCAUCAGGCACACCACAGUGAUUGUAAAGGGAAUCAUUUAUGAUUAUCCAAAAUACAGUAGAGAGAGUACAAUUUCUGUUUAAUCAGUACUACCCUGGCAAAUUAGUCCCUCAUACUUGAGCACAUACAAUGAAGUUCUAAAAAAAUACUGACUUGAAAAAUCAGUUACAGGUUUACCUACUUUGACAUUAAGCCUCAUUGUUUAAAUAUCAACCAGUAUUCACAGAAGAGCUUGAACCGUCGUUGACUUAAAUCACAGUAUCAGAACAGACCUACACAAGUAACUUCAGAAAAAUACUCUGCUGUCAGCUGUGAGCUGCGCGCAAGAGGCUAAUCAUUUAUCUACUGCAAGUGUUCCUUACUUUCUUAUAAAGAAGGGUUGCCAGUUGCAGAGCCAGAGGUAAAAUGAGUCCUGGGGAAAAGGGAGCUAAAUAGGAAACAAUGAGAGAUGUACGGAACAGUGAAAUCAUAGGCAGUGGUUUUAAUGGGUGCGAUAAAGCUGUAAAGGAACCCCAUCUGCUGUUUGUAGGGGGUUGCUGAUUACACCCAAGCGAGCCUAUGUUUUUAAAGAUGCAGUAUUUCUUUUCAUUGGCCCUAAAGCUGUGACAAAGCAUUAAGUGUGUGCAAAGGAUGAAGAAAUGCUGAAUUCUAAUAUAAGUAAGUGGGGUGUUCUUUUACAAUAUAUUUAUUUAACAUAUUUAUAUUUAUUUAAUUUUUACUACAAAGUGGUAUCAAAUCCAAGUGGUACAAGUAUAAGGCAUGCCAAAUCAUUCUUAAUCGGUUUUGUGUUUAUAUUCAAUCAUAUUAUAACAACUGGAAGAGGAAAGUGAUACUGCAUCUUUCAAUGGAAUUCAUUAAAGGAGAAAUUACAAAGUGGGAAUUUGUAUGACUGUGCCAUUGUGUCUUAAACUAAUAAGUUAUUGACAGUAAUGUGUAUGACUGGGUACGUACAGCUACUUUUCUGGAGCUACUUUACGGGAAGUUUUUUUCCUAGUUUUACAAUGUAUGAGAGCAAUUUACCUAAGAUGCCAACUGUGCAAGUUACAUGUUUCUAAAGCUUGAAAGAAAUAACGGUAGUUUUACCUAAGAAGAUUCAAAGCCUAUUUCAUAUUUUUGUACUUCUCAUGUAAAGUUCUUUUAUAAGUCUACUAAAUAAAGACUUGUACUCAGAUUAAAAAAAAAAAAAAACAAACCAACCCACAACUUCUAGUGACAAUGUGUGCCUGGGGAAAGAAGCCAGACUGCUGCCAUGUGUGGACUAACACAGCUUUCAGAACCAGGGCUGGAGCCAGCGAGCAGGGGAAGAGGGUAACGCACCUAGAGCUGCUCUGAGGCAGCCACAUCCUGCCUCCCCCGAGACAGGGCAUGCACCUGGUUUUUGAGCAGGGGCCUGCUCCGACACACACACACAGACUCACCUCUCUUACGCUUGUUGCGGUGUGUGAGCAUCGAGCCUCCUUGAACGCCCAAGAGCCUCGUUUUGUUAUUCCAACUAACAGUCCCCAGGCAACAGCCACCUACAUCUUGGUGUCCGAGGCAGGUCACCAGAUAAGAUAAAAUGGCUGGAAUGAUUGCACGCUGCAAAAAUUUUUAUUGCUGUACAGGACUGAGAUACCCAUAAAAAAAAUUUUUGUGCGAAACUAAGUUGGCAAAUGACCACGUGGUUUACAGGAAAGAAGGCAGCCUGUAAGACAGCUUUGUCUGCUGGAGCGUGGAAGGCUGAAGUGCAUCUCACAUCUCAAGUAUCAGCACAGCCCUCCUCUGCCCCAGCAUUCCAGAGGGCUGAUGAGCCACUGGUAUUCCAUGACCCUGCCAACCGCUCUGCUAUUUACUUUGGUGGGGUGGCCUGGCGUGAGUAGGUAGCUGAUGUAGAGGGCAGUAACUGGUGGGGGGUGGAUCUGCC